UUCGUCUUUGUUGUCUAAUGUCUGCUUGUCGGAGCUGGUUUUUGCGCUUUUUGUAAUUGCAGUUGCAGGGAGUGAAACUGUGUGUGAUUGUUAAUAAUUACGCCGCCGUUUUGUGUGAUAGUUGGCGAAUUUGAUGGAGUGAUUGCGUUUCGUUUGGAUCUGGCUGUAUUUAAAUUAAUGAAAGAAUGGCAACUUUGGCACAUCAAGCUGCGGCACUUUUGGAUUUUAACCGUAAAUUGGACAUCGGGCUACUCGACAGUGUGGUUGUUAGUAUGUAUGCGGGGAAUGGCGAAACCCAGCGUGUGGCUCAAGAGGUUCUCACAACACUCAAGGAACAUCCGGAUGCUUGGACGAGAGUCGAUACGAUUUUGGAAUAUUCGACAAACCAACAAACUAAAUAUUAUGCCUUACAAAUUUUAGAGCAAGUGAUUAAAACGCGAUGGAAAGUUUUGCCAAGAAAUCAGUGCGAGGGUAUCAAAAAGUACAUAGUCGCAUUGAUCAUUAAAACGAGUUCCGAUCCCGAAUCUUUGGAAGCGAAUAGGACGUACCUAAAUAAACUGAAUAUGAUAUUAGUGCAGGUUUUAAAACGUGAAUGGCCGAAAAACUGGGAAAGCUUCAUCCCCGACAUCGUAGGGGCGAGCAAAACGAACGAAUCCCUCUGCCAGAACAAUAUGAUUAUUUUAAAGUUAUUAAGUGAAGAGUUGUUCGAUUUUUCGUCGGGCCAAAUUACGCAAACGAAAGCGAAACAUUUAAAAGAUACCAUGUGCUCGGAAUUUUCUCAAAUUUUUACUCUCUGCCAGUUCGUCCUCGAAAACUCCCAGAAUCCUCCUCUGGUGAACGCCACCCUGGAAACUCUUUUGCGGUUUCUCAACUGGAUACCGCUCGGAUACAUUUUCCAGACGAAAUUAAUCCACACGCUUAUUUUUAAAUUUUUGAUAGUACCAUUAUUUCGUAAUGUUACCUUGAAGUGCUUGACGGAAAUCGCCGGCGUAACCGUAAUGAAUUACGACGAGAUGUUUGUAGUUCUGUUCAGCGAGACGAUGGGCCAACUGGAAAUUAUGCUACCUCUCCAAACCGAUAUUCGUAGUGCCUACGCGAUGGGUCAGGACCAAGAGCAGAAUUUCAUUCAGAACUUGGCGAUGUUCCUAUGUACAUUUUUAAAGGAACACGGGACGCUAGCUGAAAGCUCGGCGCCCGUGCUGAGAAACGCCUUACACUAUCUCGUUAUGAUAUCCGAAGUUGACGAGGUGGAGAUCUUCAAAAUUUGCCUGGAGUACUGGAACGCGUUAUGUACAGAACUUUAUCGUGACGUCCCGUAUAGCGGUGCUCAAUCGAUUUUCUUCGGGAAUAACCGACGGAAUUUAUACCACGAGGUGCUUAAUAAGGUCCGGUAUAUUAUGAUCUCAAGAAUGGCUAAACCUGAAGAGGUCUUAGUUGUCGAAAACGACAACGGGGAGGUCGUAAGGGAGUUCAUGAAGGAUACAGACUCGAUUAACUUGUACAAAAACAUGCGGGAGACCUUAGUCUAUUUAACUCAUCUCGAUUACGCCGACACUGAACGAAUUAUGACGGAGAAACUGCAGAAUCAAGUGAACGGCAGUGAGUGGUCGUGGAAGAAUUUAAACACGUUGUGUUGGGCUAUCGGGAGUAUAUCGGGUGCUAUGCACGAAGAGGACGAGAAACGUUUUCUCGUCACGGUCAUUAAGGAUCUUUUAGGUUUAUGCGAGCAGAAAAGGGGGAAAGACAACAAGGCGAUAAUCGCGUCGAAUAUUAUGUACGUGGUCGGCCAGUAUCCGAGAUUUCUGCGCGCGCAUUGGAAAUUUCUUAAGACUGUUGUUAAUAAACUUUUCGAAUUCAUGCACGAAACGCACGACGGCGUUCAGGAUAUGGCUUGUGAUACUUUUAUUAAAAUUGCACUCAAGUGCAGGCGGCACUUUGUGACGACUCAGAUCGGAGAGAGCUGCCCGUUUAUUGAAGAUAUUUUAGGAUCCAUUUCGGCUAUCAUUUGUGACCUUCAAACUCAGCAGGUUCAUACAUUUUAUGAGGCGGUUGGUUACAUGAUAUCUGCCCAAGUGGAUACGGGGACACAAGAAACUCUGAUUGAAAAGUAUAUGUUGCUGCCCAAUCAGGUUUGGGACGAUAUUAUAUGCCAGGCGAGUAAAAAUGUGGAAGUUUUAAAAGAAAUCGAUUGCGUCAAACAGCUCGGAAGCAUUUUAAAGACGAACGUUCGCGCGUGUAAGGCUCUAAACCACGCGUACGUCGUUCAACUGGGUCGCAUUUAUUUAGAUAUGCUCAAUGUGUAUAAAGUUAUGUCUGAAAAUAUUACGAAAGCGAUUGCUGUGAAUGGUGAGCAAGUAACGAAACAGCCACUGAUCAAGAGUAUGCGUGUUGUGAAGAAGGAGACCUUAAAGUUAAUAUCUGACUGGAUAUCUAGAUCGAAUGAUCACGCAAUGGUACUCGAAAGCUUUAUCCCGCCACUUCUGGAUGCGGUCCUCUUGGAUUACCAACGUACUGCUGUACCGUCAGCCCGCGAACCGGAGGUUCUCAGCGCAAUGGCAACUAUUGUAAACAAAUUAGAGAGCCACAUAACAUCAGAGGUUCCGAAAAUUUUUGACGCAGUCUUCGAGUGCACCUUAGCUAUGAUAAACAAAGACUUUGAGGAGUAUCCGGAGCACAGGACGAACUUUUUCCUUCUACUCCAAUCGGUGAAUAAUCACUGUUUUCCCGCAUUUCUAAGCAUACCUCCAGCCCAAUUUAAACUCGUUCUAGACAGUAUAAUAUGGGCGUUUAAGCACACGAUGAGAAACGUCGCGGAUACCGGAUUACAAAUACUACAGAAACUUUUACAAAACAUCGAAAUGCACGAGCAAGCCGCACCGAGUUUUUACCAGACUUAUCUCACCGACAUUUUGCAGCAUGUGUUCUCCGUCGUGACCGAUACGUCUCACACGGCCGGCCUUUCCAUGCAUGCCACAAUUCUAGCGUAUAUAUUUUCUUUGGUUGAGACUGGUAGAAUAAAUUGCCAACUUGGCCCGGGAAAUGACAAUGUAUUGUAUAUUCAAGAGUUUAUCGCGUCUCUACUCAGCGCCGCGUUUCCACAUCUCACCGAUAACCAAAUUAAGAUUACGGUUCAAGGACUGUUCAAUUUGGAUCAAGAUAUACCCGCUUUCAAAGAACAUCUUAGAGAUUUCUUAGUUCAGAUACGGGAGUUCACUGGACAAGAUGACAGCGAUCUUUUCUUGGAAGAACGGGAGAAGGCUUUACAGCAAGCACAAACCGAGAAACGUAGAGUUCAAAUGACUGUACCUGGUAUCCUAAACCCGCACGAAGUACCAGAAGAGAUGCAGGACUAGCCCGUUGGUAAAAAUUCGUUAUUUAGGAAUAAAUUAAAAACAUUUAUUGUUUAGAUGGAUAUUUUUGUAUCUAUGAGUUUUUACAAGCCGUGCAAUAGUUUGUGUUUUGUAUUUGAUUACUAAAACCGAGUGUGCGCCACUGUAACAUUUGAUAUGGGUUUCCUGUUGUUCGACCACAAAAAUAAGUAUAAAACACUUACUAUAUUGCACUUAUACUGAGAAAGGUCAUUUUUGAGGCUUUUGCGCUAAUAUGCCAAUAAUGAAAGCGUAGUAAACAAUUGACCUGGUCUUUGUUUUUGUAACUAACUUUACUAAAAAAAUUUGUAUAAUUGAUCAGAUAUUGUUUUUUAAUUGAGAGUGAUUUUCUUUGUUAGAGAGUAUGAAUGGGUUAUACUGGGUGUUGUGAACUUGAUUAAAGUUUAAUGUAAUAGUUAUGUAAUGGAUAGUUGUUUAGGUAAGAUUGUUUAUAUAAGUUUUUCUUUAGUUUUGUUAAGGUUUUGACCAAACAAGUUCCCAUUUUUGAUUUUUUUUUUAAAUAAAAAUUAUGCGCUUUUUUCACCAAUUUUUUUCUGUACUUAUGAAUGUAUUUAUCUUUAAUGGGCAGUCAGGUUUCAUUGUUAGUUUGUUACUAUUGUAUGGCAGCGGAUUUAUGAAUAAUUCGGUAAUACAACGCAGUGGUUACUAACCAGCGAUAUUUUGUACAAAAUUUUCAUAUUCAAUUGUAAAAAUGUUAUACUAGCUUUUAAUACUGCAUCUGGAUGAUUCACAAUGCCUGCCAUAUGAGAAAAAAUUUUAGUUCCUCGCUUAGCUAGUAGAACAUUUUCUCACCUAUUAAUAUUAAUUUGGCAUUUCACACCGAUAAUUUCCUUUAGUUUUGUGGCUGUAAAUGGGCUAACGGUUGCGGUUUUACGAAUUGCGUUUGCUUCUGUUUUUAUAAGACUCCCAUUAUCACGACAUUGCCCCCUAUGAAAAUGAGAUAGCAAUUAGUUACAUCUUUUGUACAAAUAGAAUUCUGAUAGUUUGCUUUGUGAGCAGUUCAGAUAUUUUAGAAAUAUAAUGUAUAAAACGAA